GAAGCUUCCGUACAGGCUGAGGGCGAGCUGGGGUUGUGGACGGGCACUUCCCUUUUCUUCGGGAUAUCCUUGGAUUCGGAGUUUUCCUGGAAUUCUCCCCUGGUGGUUCUUCAUCCUGGGGGUGAAGCGUGGAAAAACCCACAAAAGAAGUUAUAAGAGUAGUCCUCCAGAAUCCAUGGAUUCUCUCCUUUUCCUCUGCGCACGCCGCAUCGUCGCCCAGCGCCCUCUUCCUGCCCUUCCUGACCUUCCUGCCAAUCUCUAUCCCGUCCUUUUCCAAGCGGCGUUCAUGGAUGGAAGACCUCUGGCCCUGCAGGAUUUGGUGGCUGCUUGGCCUUUCCCUGAGCUUCACUUCCAGCGGCUCGUGGGGCACCGGGAGCUGCACUGGGAUCAUCCUGGCAUUGACUGUGUCAAGGCCGUCAUCCAGGCUGUGGUGGAGCAGCUCCGGCAGGAGCUGGAAGAGCCUGGCCCCCAAUCUAGCCGGUGUCGGCUGCGUGUGCUGGACAUGACCGGACUCUGUGAUUCUGUGCCCAGAGACACUCCUGAUGGGUGGACCUUCUGGUCCAGAACUCAGUGUUUGGCUGAGGCUUGUGUGGAGGUGUCCAAGCACCAGCAGGAAUUUCAGAGGCGCGGAUCCAAGCGGCACAAAGGAUGCUCUGGAGCCACCACGGCUGAGGCUGCCCUGCAGCAUCCGGGCGUGGACAUCCACGCUGACCUGGUCGUCGAUGAAACAUCCUACAGGAUGCUGCGCGAUGCGCUCCAGAUCGGAGCCACCGGCCUGCUGCGCCUCAAGUGCCGGGAAUUCCAAACAAAGCUCAUCUCAGCAUCUGAGAUUGUGACUUUGUUGGAAUCAGUGGAUCCAUCCUGUCUGCGGAGGGUGGAUCUGUGCAGUUUGGGCUUUGGUGAUCCUGGGCUCUCAGUGAUCCUACCACACCUCUCACGCUUCCCAGAGCUGCGCAGCCUCAAGCUCUGGCACAUGGACAGGCAGCACCCGACACCUGAAUCGGCCAUGAGAAUGCAUUGCAUGGCCAGGCAUCUGGGAAUGCUGCCCAGCCUCUGGGACCUCAACCUGGGACCUGCCCAGCUCCCUGGAAAUCUGAGCCAGAUCCUCUGCGACCUCCAGGCUCCAUUGGAAAGCUUGGAGUUGCCCUUCUGUAACCUCCUUCCCAUCGAUCUCACCUUCCUCUCCCAAAGCAUCCAUGCUCUGGCCCUCAAAAGGUUGGAUCUGAGAGGCCUCUAUGUCUCUGAAGGCCUCCUGGAUCCACUCCAGCUGCUCCUGGAGAAAGCCUCGGCCUCGCUGCUGUACCUGGAUCUCGCGCAUUGCCAUGUGACCGACUUCCACCUGGCCACGCUGCUCCCGACGCUCCUGCGCUGCUCCCGCCUGCGCUUCCUGGGACUCUACGGCAAUUCCCUGUCCACAGCUGCGAUCAAGGAUCUGCUCCAGAAAGCCUUGGAGCUGCCGGAUCUCCGUGUGGUUGUGUAUCCCAUCCCCAAGGAUUGCUACACACAGGAUCCAUUAGAAUUCGAAUGGUAUAUAUUUGUAGAGUCUGUGGAUGAAGAGCUUUUGUCGGCAGCCAAGGCGGAGAUUUCCCAUCUACUGGUGAAUUCCGGGAGAACCAACCUCGUCUGGACUGACGAUCCCACCCACAAAGCCCUGGACUACUUCUCCUUGUGAUCUGGGAAAACCUCGGAGGCAGGAAAAGCUCAGAGCCUCAUCACAAAAAAGUGCUGCCACCUCCUUCCUUAAAUCUGGGCAUUUUCUGCCUUGUCCUGGUACUUUUCUGGUGCAUUCCAGUGGAUUUUUCCUUUCGUUUUGGUACUUUUAUAUUGACGAUUGAGAGAGACACAGGGACUACUGAGAUGUGCUCAGAAUCCCAGUUUUACUGUGAGCUACUUAUGUUCAUAGACCAUUUUCAGGAAAGUCAGUAAUUUUCUUACUCUGUUUAUUGGGUUGAACUUCACACAGAUAAACUUUAUAUUUCCUUACAUUUCUACUUAGUUAAAUUGUCUUUCCUGUCGCCAGUCUUGAUCCAAUCUUCAUGUAAUCUUCAAAACUCUGUUAGCUCUUGCCAAUGCAUCUUGGUUAUCAAACGGCAUUUGCUAAUUAAAUCUACAGUGCUUUCAAUCUAA